AUGCAUUUUGCAAAAGACAAAAGAGGUAUUCUUCCUGUUGGAGAUAUAGCAGAUACUAUCCCUGAUGAAGAGGCAGACAUUGCUGUCCUUGAGGAGCCUGAGCAUCGCACCUGGUUUCAUCAUGGCAAAAAAUGGAAAACCAAGUUCAACUAUGUCAUAGGGAUUGUACACACCAACUACUUGGAAUACGUAAAGAGAGGGAAACAAGGCCGUCUCAAAGCUUUUCUCCUCAAAUAUCUUAUUGGGUUGUUGGCAUUUACUGCCACAAGACACGAUGGAGUGGCUGCUCAAAAUAGACUUGUGCUAAUGAUGCAGGUAAUCCGAUUAUCAGCUGCAACUCAAGAAUACCCUAAAUCUAUAGUUCGCAAUGUUCACGGUGUCAACCCUAAAUUUCUCAAGAUUGGUUUGAGAAAACAAGAACAUGAGGAGCAGCCAUUCAGUGCAUACUACAUUGGUAAGAUGGUCUUGAGCAAAGGGUACAAGGAGCUUCUUGAACUACUUACAAGACACCAAAAGGAACUCGCUGGUGGAGAAGACUCUGAAGAUAUUAAAAAAGCAGUCGAGAAACUCGACCUGAAGGUUAAUGUAUACCCAGGACGUGAUCAUGCUGACUCACCAUUUCACAACUAUAGAGUUUUUUUCAACCCGAGCACGACAGAUAUGGUUUGCACAACAACUGCAGAAGCCUUGGCAAUUGGAAAAACCAUAUUCCCUAACUGUAGAGUCUAUGACGAUGAGAAGGUUUCGUUAGAGCCACGCUCAAGGCUCUUGGGGAACAACCAUCACAAUUAA